AGGGUGAACUUACUUCAAUCCAGACAGAGGCUAUGGCUGCAUCCUUGUAGAGUUUUAAUAUUUCUCUCCAACAAGCCCCGUUAUUAAACAGGAGCCCUCCAGCUGGAAGAUGGAACUGGGAUUCCUAGUGAGCACCUGUAUGGAGUGGAGCAGAGCUUUGAGAGAGCAGCAGAAACAAAGUUAUUGGCUUGGCAUGCUGGGUGACCAGAGCAGUUUGAAAGUUUGAUUGUCUGUUGCAAACUGGUUUCUCAGAAGGGCAUUUUGCAGUUCUUUUAUUCAUGCUAUGACUCAGCAGCACCUGUCUGAGGAAAACCACCUGGUUCCAAAAUGUGAACAGCGUAUGUUCAGAAAUCAGGUACAAGAGCAGACCUACAAAAUGCCAACAAAACUAGAGCUAAAUAAUCAACUGAUCAGGCAUACAUGAACAACAUUACCAAGAAGACUCCCUCACAUAAAUGAAUCCUAUAGCUAUCUUCUAAUCCUACUUUUCCCGCUGGAGAAGAAGUAGGCAAACAACAUGAAGCAAAACUUGGCAUCAUCAGUUAGAUUUAUUUUGCUGCUUUUUCUGAACAUUGAGUGUUUGAAUGAGCAAUCCCCUCCUGGAAAACCUGAAGUUUUGAAGUGUCGUUCUCCAGAAAUGGAAACCUUUACUUGCUGGUGGAAACCUGGCUCAGAUGGAGGACUUCCUACCAACUACACUCUGCUCUACAACAACAAAGGAAAAGAACAGAUUUAUGAAUGUCCAGAUUACAGAACUGCAGGUCCCAAUUCCUGUUACUUUGACAAAAAGCACGCCAAUCUCUGGACAUCUUAUAACAUUUCUGUAAAGGCAACUAAUAAGAUGGGAAGUAACAUCUCUAACCCUCACUAUGUGGACGUGACUUCCAUAGUUCAGCCAGAUCCUCCUGUAAACCUGUCUCUACAAGUAAUACAAUCAGCUGGGAUAUUGUAUCUUUGGGCAAAGUGGUCUCCUCCAUUGGUUGAUGUCAGAUCUGGUUGGCUUAUACUUCAUUAUGAAUUACGACUAAAGUCUGAAGAAAGGGAAGAGUGGGAGACUAUUUUUGUUGGACAGCAAGCACAUUAUAAGGCGUUUAAAUUACAUCCUGGAUUGAAAUACAUUGUACAGGUUCACUGCAUGCUCGACCAUGGAGAAUGGAGUGAAUGGAGCUCAGAAAGUUACAUUCAGAUUCCCAAUGGGCAGCCCCCUGGAAAGCCUGAGCUACUGAGGUGUCGUUCUCCAGAAAAGGAAACUUUUACUUGCUGGUGGAAUCCUGGCUCAGAUGGAGGACUUCCUACCAACUACACUCUGUUCUACAGCAAAGAGGGAGACAAAUCAAUCAAUGAAUGUCCAGAUUACAGAACUGCAGGCCCCAAUUCCUGUUACUUUGAUAAAAAGCACACCUCACUUUGGGCAAUCUAUAAUAUCACUAUAAAGGCAACCAAUAAGAUGGGCAGUAACAUCUCUGAGCCUCAAUAUGUGGAUGUGACUUACAUAGUUCAGCCAGACCCUCCUGUGAACCUGUCUCUAGAAGUAAAAAAACAAGCAGAUGGAAAACCAUAUCUGUUGUUGAAAUGGUAUCCACCUCCACUGGCUGAUGUCAAAUCUGGGUGGCUUACUCUUGAAUAUAAGUUGCGACUAAAACCUGAAGAAGGGGAAGAAUGGGAGACAAUUUUUGUUGGACAACAAACACAAUACAAGUUGUUUAGUUUAAAUCCAGGAAAGAAAUACAUUGCACAGGUACACUGCAAACCAGACCAUGGAGAAUGGAGUGAAUGGAGCUCAGAAUGUUAUAUUCAAAUCCCGAGUGACAUAGAAUUGAAGGAUGUGAUUGUCUGGAUCUUUGUGGCUGUAUUAUCAUCUGUCAUUUGCUUAAUCAUUAUCUGGACGAUGGCUUUGAAAGGCUUCAGUAUGGUAACCUGCAUCUUACCACCAGUCCCAGGGCCCAAGAUAAAGGGACUUGAUACACAUCUGCUAGAGACAGGGAGGUCCGAUGAGUUUUUGAGCGCUCUGGGUUGCCAAGACUUCCCUCCAACAUCAGACUGUGAGGACCUACUGGUAGAAUUUCUGGAGGUAGAUGACAGUGAGGAUCAGCAACUGAUGCCAAGUCAUGAAAAAGGUCAUCCCAGUAAAAAUAUGAAGUCAGCACACAAGGAAACAGACAGUGACUCAGGGAGAGGGAGCUGUGACAGCCCUUUCCUGCUCUCUGAGAGGAGUAGGGAGCCCAGAAUUCCUCCAUCAGCAUUUCAAACACCAGAUAUCAGUGAAAUUCCAGAAAAUAAUGCGAGAAAAAGCAGCUGCAAAAUUCAGAGCACAGACCUAAAAGAGAUUAUACCCUAUUUUAGCAUUGGUGGUGCAAAGUUAUCUACAGGGCCUGGAGCUCAGCUACCUAACAACCAGACUCCUAAAUGCUCCUACCACAACAUUACUGAUGUUUGUAAGAUAGCCAUUGGCACCAUGAAUGUGAAUGUUGCAUCAGUUUUGGGGGGAAAUGAAGAAAAUCAACAGUCACAAUAUUCUAAACCCACUGAAACUAUCAGUGAGGAAAAACUGGACAAGCAAGGAGAAGUGGAGAGCUUACAGUCCAGCGUUAACCAAGACAGAAUGCAAUUGCUGCCCAAUGAGAAGUCACCUUUUUUGUCUGCAAAACUAAUGGAUUAUGUAGAAAUUCACAAAGUCAACCAAGACGGGGCAUUAGCUGUAUUACCGAAACAGAAAGAAAAUAGUGGCAAACCUGAAAACUGUACAGUCCCUGGAACCAGCAAGGAAUAUGCAAAGGUCUCAAGAGUUGUGGACAACAGCAUUUUAGUAAUAAUACCAGUUUCAAGAGUUCAGACCACACCUAUGUUUCAAGAACCUCCAAAGGAAUCUGUUCAGAACCUUCAACAGAGUCAAACAGAGAAAAAUAUGAGCCAUUGUUUUACAACUCCAAGUGAGUGCAAAAUAGAUACUGGUGGAUUAGAUUACCUGGAUCCAACUUCCUUUAUGUGCUCCUUUAAUUAACUGAAAAUUUGAUUAUCCUUCUUCAGGUAACACUACAGAAUAAAUUAAAUGCAAUUAAAAUGGAAUGUUCUAGUAUGUGGAUUACAUAGAAUUACACUACUAAAGCUCAAUUGUAGCUCACACCUUUCUAUGUUUUCUACUAGCUGAUUGCAGAACAAAUUAUUUCAUUUUCUAAUUGUGAUUUAUAGAUUUACUUUUGUUAAUAAUUAUGUACAGUAAAACAAAAGCACAUGGCAUGGUUUCUUGGAAAACCCGUACAAAUCGGGGUAUAAUAAAGAGAAAAAAGGGAUUUGUUGGUUGAUGUAAUAGAAUAAAUAAACCUCAGAUCAUUAAAAUAGGUUUUCAAUUUAGGGAGAAAGGACAAGAAAGUGGAUAUUUUGUGUCAUGGAAAACUACAUUGUAAACAAAUUAUUGAACUUUGCAUUUCUUCUGUUAUUUGAUGAAAAUUAGCCAAAUAUUGCAGGUUCAACAAAGAUACAAAAUUUGGGGAGGUUGGUCAGUAUACCAUGAUUAAGGCUAAGAUUUUGUCACGGAUAUUUUUAGUAAAAGUCAUGGACAGGUCACGGGCAAUAAAGAAAAAUUCAGAAACCCGUGACCUGUCCAUGACUUUUACUAAAAAUGUCCAUGGCAAAAUGGGGAGCUGCGGAGUCCCCACACCACCCAUAUGGCUGGGCAGCUCAGAGCUCCAGGGGCCCCUACCAUCCAUGGGGUCUCAGAGCUCCAGGGUCCCCCACUGCCUGCGAUGGAUCAGAGCUCCCAGGGGCCACGAGCUGCAGGGUACCUCCACUACCCUCGGGGAGCAGAGGGACCCUGCAACUCCCAGCUGCUGCAGGCUGAAGUCAUAGAGGUCUCUGGAAGUCCAAGAUCCCGUGACUUGCGCAACCUCCAUGACAAAAUGGUAGCGUUACCCAUGAUUGUUCAUACAGUUCCUAGACCAUGAAUACUGCUGAUGAACUACUAUGGCAUAGAGUGUAUUUUUUCUUAAUGAAUUCUAAACACUGGUAUAGGUUUUUCUAAUAUAUAUUUUUUUCAGUCCUUAAAAAAAAAAAAGUUAGUUUUUUGGAUGUUGACGAUUUCAUAUAUACAAGAUAAUACUGUAUGUUAAAAUAAUAGUAGCAAAGCAGUAAAUCAUUCUCAACAUAUUUUCCUACUUCUUUUCAGUAUGAUGAAUAAACUACAUCCCACCCAUCUCUUAGCCAAAUAGAACUAAACAAUGUUCACUUUUAUUGAAAGAAAAGAACACUAUUUGAUAGACUGCCUUAUUGUACAUAAUAUAAAAAUCUACUUUAGUAAAAGCCCAUGAGUUCAACAAUGUAUUUUCGAAGACUAUUUUUCUAAAGUAAAAAUAAAAUGUUUUCUAACUUCCCAGAACUAUUUACCUACCUGACAACUUCACUGAUUUUUUCUGCUAAUGCAGGAAGAGGUGAUAAGAAGUGAAGCUAUCAUUUCAAUAGUGAAACACCAAAAUAACUAAAAGAGACUUGUAGAAUAAUGAAGGAUAUGAAGUAACUUUUGAAUAUAUAUUUCUAAUCGACUGUAGAUGUAAUACAAUGAAUUGAGAAUUAUUUAGUCCAUUUAUUUUAUCAACUAUUCCUGUAAAACUAAGUGGAAUGUUAGGUUUUGGGGGCUGUGUCCCUCCCUAAAUUGCUGUCUUCCUGCUGGCCUGUGGUCUGUUCCAUACAAGUAACUGUGUAAAGUCAAUCCGCAAUGGAAUGACGUCCCCCUACAUCCUAACACAAAAGAUAGGCUUUUCCCUGAGCCAGGAAGGACAUUUUAAAGAAGUUAUGUUUGCCAAAAUGGAUGUCUCCCUGUCCAAGCUCAAUAGGAUGAAGAGCCAUGACCCCUGAUGUCAAAGAGCCUCUACUCUGCUAAAAUUAAGAAGGAGGAGGGGUCAUACAUUUGAUCUGGGGCAGUUCCCCCCAUAAUGAAAAUGGAGCAAUAGAGCCUUCUGCCAUUGCUAGUAACUGAGACUGGCAGGAAGCAACCCAAUCACCCCAAAAUGACAACUGGAAAUAAUGGCACUCCUUUUCUGGCCCUCUUCCCCCGCCCCAAGAAAAGCAAUCAAAUGAUGAUGUAUUUGUCUCCCUUGCAAUUGGGCUAAGUACAGAAUAUACUUAGCUAAGUAACUUCCACAGGUAUAGUGGCCCAGUGACAUGGGGAAGAGGGUCAGGCUGAGGAUAGAGCAUUGUGUUGUGCAAGUGAUGGGAAAUAUAUUUACAGGACAUGCACACAUCUUCCCCAUUCCACCCCUUCUCCUCAACAGUUCUGGAAUUUUCCAGUAGGCACCUUUUUGGCCUUGUGCACUGAGCCAACUGCUUAGCCAACAUACAGAAGGCCACAUCUAACAGAGCCCACACAUACUACCUUCGGGCCAUAGGAAAGCCCCUCUCUGUUCAACUGUCCACUUAACUCUGACACUGUAAGAUUUAGAGAGGCAUUAAUUUUAAAAAGAACACAAUAUUAUGUAGAUAUCAAAUACAUUGUGUGUGUCUGUCUCUGUCUGUCUGUCUACACAGUGAUAACCCUUAAAAUAUUUUACUUUGUUAUGGAUAACUAGAUAACUUUACUGCAGUGUUUGCAGUAUUUUCUUUGCAUUGUAUAGGGAAUGCCAUGAUUAUUGCAGUGAAAUUAUCUAGUUAUCAAAAAGAAAAAUUGAAUGUUUUUUCGGGGGGAGUGGAAAGGAUGCACACUCGGUUAAUACACAAUGACCAUAUCUGUCUCUCUGUUUGAAAGUUCUUUAUCUGAACUUCAGUUUCCUAACUGUGGAUCUGGUACAGUCAGUUCAGAUCAGACACUCUCCUUUUGUUAUUACUGAUAAUCAUACCUAAGCCCCCCAAAAAAUUAUUAAGUAUAUUAGGGCCAGAAUCUCAGGCUCACUCUAGGCCCUAUGUGU